CUAAGACCCUGCAAGCUGUGCGGUGUGGCAAAAAAUAAAUGGAUAGAUAGAUAAUAAAAAUAAAAGGCCAGGCUGAGGGUUUGGAAAGGGAGGUGCUGGCAUGGGUCAGGGGGAGGGAACCCGGGCUCAGAGAAAGCCAGACGCAGCAGAACUAUUCUGUCCCAGAGCUGCAGGGUCCACAGAUUCCAGCCCAAACCAGCCAAUGGGAGAAGGCCCUCUAAUCCCAGAGAACUAAAGGAUUCUCUUCAACUAUCCAACUUCCCUGCUGGACCCCACUCUUGAUCCCCACCCCCACCCUUACCCCGGCUUGUUCAGAGGAACCUGGAGGCCCCCAGGAGCAGUCAAAUACUCCAUGAAGUGAACUCAGCCUCACUAACCUCCCAAGCAGAGUUGAGGAAUGUUCUAAUAUAGAUGUCAGUCAGGACUAUGAACCCCAACUUUGACUUGAGAAAGACAGAUUCCUCCAGUUCCCCUGUUCUUAGUCCUUUUCUCUCAGAGCCUGACAUGAGCCCUGACCCUAUCCCCACCCUCACACCCAUGGCUGUGCUCAUCUCCCAAUUGAGGAGGGAGGGGAAAAUGCAGCAGCUUUAUCCGAUGCACAAGAGUGGUCCCAGUCCUCUGCAGCUGUGAAGGGGUUAAGAGGCUGGGCCAGCCACCUCAGCCUGCCCCUCCCAGGGAUUAAAAGUCCUCUAUAAAGGGGGCUGUCCAUCCAGAUCAGGCCAGGGGGGUAUCAGGGACCCAGGCAUUGUGCCUAUCCCCCGUGCCAUGUGGGAACUGCGGUCAGCCUCCUUCUGGAGGGCCAUAUCUGCUGAGUUCUUUGCCACCCUCUUCUAUGUCUUCUUCGGGCUAGGGGCCUCACUGCGUUGGGCCCCUGGACCACUGCAUAUCUUGCAGGUGGCUUUGGCCUUUGGCCUGGCCCUGGCUACACUGGUGCAGGCUGUGGGCCACAUCAGUGGAGCCCAUGUCAAUCCUGCAGUCACUUUCGCCUUCCUUGUGGGCUCCCAGAUGUCCCUGCUCCGUGCCUUCUGCUACAUGGCAGCCCAACUCCUGGGAGCCGUGGCUGGGGCUGCCGUGCUGUACAGUGUUACCCCGACUGCCGUCCGAGGAAACCUAGCACUUAACACGUUGCACCCUGGGGUGAGUGUGGGCCAGGCCACCAUAGUGGAGAUCUUCCUGACGCUCCAGUUCGUGCUCUGCAUCUUUGCCACAUACGACGAGAGGCGGAAUGGCCGCCUGGGCUCCGUGGCCCUGGCCGUUGGCUUCUCCCUCACCCUGGGGCACCUCUUUGGGAUGUAUUAUACUGGUGCAGGCAUGAACCCUGCCCGCUCCUUUGCUCCUGCCAUUCUUACCAGAAACUUCACCAACCACUGGGUGUACUGGGUGGGCCCAAUCAUUGGAGCAGGCCUGGGCAGUCUCCUUUAUGACUUUCUCCUCUUCCCCCGGCUCAAGAGUGUUUCUGAGAGACUGUCUAUUCUCAAGGGUGCCAGGCCCAGUGAAUCCAAUGGACAACCAGAGGGCACAGGGGAACCUGUUGAACUGAAGACCCAGGCCCUGUAAAAGCUCCAGCUGAAUAGAGGGAAUAGGAAGCUUCUGGGUUUACAUGGAGGGGCUGAGCCAGCCCCUGGAUAAAGAAAGAGACUGUGGGGAGGGGCAUGUACUUCUUUAUUUUUAAAUUUAUGUGUGUGUUUUA